UAUUUUUUGCUAGACUGCCGUCAACUUAGCUGUUGGCAUGAAGAUGGCCAUGGCGCAAAAGAGACCAACGAUACGUAAGGUGUCUACGACUGGAGAAUCUGAGUCAUUACUAGGUGUAGCUGCAAACAGGCCGACAAACAAGCAAGCCAAAGUAUCUGCAGGAGCACGACCAAGACCACAUAUUGCUGUUGAGGCGCCGGUUGGAGCGUUCCCGAUCUCUGGCGUCAAUACCGGUAUCGAGCGGAGGGACUCUAUCACGACGGCCCUCGACCUUCCUCCUCCAAGUCCCGUCCUCGCCCAUAAGCAGCCCAAUGGCUCAUCUAUGCCCCGGCAACACAUUCAGCACAAUGGUCAUCCGCACACACCAGGGCCAAUAAGGUUUUCCUUUGCUUCUACGCCGCCUUCUCUUGCUGCAGACUGGCAGCCAACGCUAUCACUGGAUCUGAUUUCGCCGGGAUCAAGCUCAUCAACUCUCAAGAUCCGGGAGAUGUUUCCCCAGCCAGAUCUUCAGCAGACCUUUUUCCUUGAACGACACUAUAUGAUCCGGGCUAGUUUACCAAGAAGUUUCUACAUGGUCAUGGCCCAGCAUAAUAUCAGGCACUGCUGUGUCUUCGACUUUCCUGUUGGUGACAAGUGGUGGGGAGACCUCAGUGGUAUGAGAAAGAGUUCCUACAUCGAGUUCAAGGCAGAAAAGACGCAUGAGCAGUGGGAGUUACAUCUCAAGCCCUCGCGUGAUCGAACCAACAUCUUUGGAUACCUUUGCAAACACGAAGAUUUGGUGGCAAUGAUCAGCAGUCAAAAACACAACCUGCUGAAGGUACGUAGACUUCCGCUCGUACUGGAUCUGGAUGACACUCUCGUGCGGCUGGUCGGCAAUGAGAGGAGCCGAUACGUCUCGGAAACAGACGCAGCAAAAGUCCCGAAUCGAGUACGACGGUUAAAGGAUGGACGUCAAGUUGUAUUGACAGAAUAUGUCGAGGAGUUUUUGGAGUGGGCCUGCAAGUUGUAUGAGAUCUCUGUCUGCUCCCUUGGUGAACAAUCCUAUGUGGAUAUGGUGGCGGACGUCCUGGAUCCCUUGCGAACGCGCAUCCGAGGUACAAGGUAUUCAGCUCGUCAGGAGUACGAUUUUUUAAAUGCGGCGCCACCAACAGCAGCAUCUGGAUCGUCCAAAGGGCCGCCGGGAAGUGUCGCAGCAAACGGGUCGGGAGUCGGAGCAGCCAGCAAUGCCCAACUCUCAACGGCAGCCAUCACAGCAGCAGUAGUAGCAGGAACGCAAGCGCCUACGCCACCAAAGGAUCUCUUAUCAUUAUAUGCUUUCUGCGCAGUCAGCCAACCACCGUCGGAUGGAUUACCGGACAUUGGAACCGGAUUCUCGCUGCCGCUGAUUCUGGACGAUUUGACACAGAUGUGGCCGCCAGACCAGCAUGACAAUGUGAUCGUAGUCAAGGAAAGGAAGAACUCGCCUGUCUGGACCGUGAAUCUCUUCCCUAUGGUCCAGUAUGUCCUCGGCGCCGUCCAUCAGGAAUUCUUCCGGGCCUAUGACGCGUGGAGUACCGCACGGCAGACAGCAUUGAGCUCGAUCACGAUUUCGACGCCGUCGCCGAAGAACCUGGACCUGAGUGGGAUGGAAACAAACACUAGUGCGAACACGGCGAGUCUGACGGCGAUUGAUUUCACGGCGACGACACCGGCAAAGACGGCGUUUCUGAACAUGCCGAUUCCGUCGGCGAUCGGGUGUUACAAGGACUGGUUGCGAGGGUCGCUGAGGGAUCAGAUCAGUUUGACAGCAGCUGCUCCACCGUCUAAUCUGACAGCAGCAGUCGUUCAACAGCAGCAGGCACUACAACAGCAACAGCAGCAACAAUUACAGCUACAACAGCAGCAGCAACAACUACAGCUACAACAACAGCAGCAGCAACAACUACAGCUACAACAACAGCAGCAGCAACAACAACAGCAGCAGCAACAACAACAGUUACUACUACAACAACAGCUGCUGCAGCAACAGCAGCUAUUACAGCAGCAGCAAACCCAGCAGUAACAGGCCCAGCAGUAAAAAUGAUACAGCAGGCU